AAUUGCGUGGUAUAUUAGUCAGCUUCUAGAUCUGUUAAGAUGCGCGCGCAAAUAUUCGGUAAAUCAUGCGAUUUUAAGAGGAAAUGUUCAGCUGCAAUGCUAAGACGAAAUGACGUAAAAUAAAGAUCUUUCAAAAGUAGAUACUCUGGUAACUUGAUUGCUAAAUGUCAACGGUAGAACAACAUGGCGCACGAGAAGCAGCUUAAAAAUCCAAAAUACCGGACAUGGGUUAAAGCUGGACUUGGUUUGAAAUAUGUAAAAGAGGGUCUUGAGCAAUUCACCGUGGACAUUUUAGAUGAACAACAUCAAGCUAUUCUCAUGACAGUGAGAAAAGCCAGCAAAUCAAUGUCUUCACAUUGUAACCAAUGCCAAAUAAAUACUCUGAUGCCAAACCAUGUUCGAACAAAAUCGAAUCACUGUCCUUUUGUAGUUAGUGAUUGUAACUGCCGACAACCAAGAGGAAAACUCCCUUGUCCAAAUGACAUAUGUGGAGGUAUCUACGAGCAAAUAAUUCUGCGGCAUGCCUCGACCCCUCCGACUCCAUACUGGAGAAAUACUGAUUCCACCCUGUGGUGCUCGAGCCCAUGGGAAAUCGCCAAAUGCUUUAUAAAUGCGCCGGGAUAUGCUCAUACCACAUCAGCAAACGAAACAGAUUGUGCAGGACUUCUCCACAUCGUAGUGAACCACUUAGGAUUCCAUUCACAUCUCAAAUGUAAUAUCACUGGCUCGGAUAUAUUCAGUAAGACACGACAAUAUAGAAAUGAAAUUCAGCAUUCAGCAAGCAUGGAACUUGAGGACAAUACUGCUGAUGGUUACAUUGAUGAUAUGAUAGCAGUUCUGCAAGACCCUAAAGAACUUUGCUUAAGACCAGAAUCUGUAAACGCAGUACGGAAAUUGACGGAGCUGAAGAAUAAAGAUUUUGUAAUUACAACUGAAAACGAAAUGGAGAUAAUCCAAGAAAUGCGAAGUACUUUGACAAAAGAAACAGAUGAAAGUGUGCAGAAAUUAAAAGCCUAUGCAACAGAAGCAAUGACCGAAAUCGAGAAAAAGAAACAAAACAUUGACAAUGAUAUUACACAGUCAAAGUCAGAUGUCAUAGAUCAGAUACAGACCAUCCGAGACGAUAUUCUAAAUAAACACACAUCUGAAUUAAGUGUGAAGACUUCUGAACUGAAAGGAACUAUCGAAGAGACAGCUAAAGAACACGAAAACAGAAUCGUCAAGUAUAUCUCGACAGCGACAAAUGAUUUGAAAAUUUCCAAAAUUGAAGCCAUAAAAGAAAUGCGAACCGCACAGAAUGACAUGUUGAGUAAACAUUUGAUUCAGCUGGAUAAAAAAGUUGAGGAAAUUAACCUACAGUUGUCCGCUAAAGAAAAGGAAAUCUCAAAAUCAUUUCUAGGAACAGUUGCGGAACAGAAACAAACAACGCGAUCGUUUUCGAAAGUCGUUAGUCAUGAUGACCAGUGUAUAUCAUUCACAACACACCAUGAAAGAAAGUGUGAGAAUAAAAAAGAAUCAACCUGUUUGGAAGAUGUGGAAGCUUGUCUUCAUAAACAUGCAGAUUAUGACUUAAGUAAACAAGAGUUCAAGAAACGCUUGAUUGACCUAUAUAUGGAAACCGUUGUGAAAGAAUCUGCUUUACCUCUUCAUCCAGAAAUGAAUGACGCCACCAUUAACGAAUUGUAUGUCACCCCAUGGAUGAAAUUUGAAAACAGCAACAGUUACACUCUAAAAACUAAAAGUGCUGAUAAUGUUGCAACAAGAAAGGAUCGGGAAAGAAAAGUCCAAGAUUUUUACGAUAUAUUUUAUAAAGAUUGCAAACAAUUGAAGCUUAUUUAUAUAAUUGGAGAUGCUGGAUCGGGAAAAAGUGCAUUUUGCAAAAACAUGAUUUACAAAUGGUGUUUGUCUCAAUCUGUAGAAAAACAAAAGAAUUUUGUUGUAAAUCAAAGAAAGCAUAUGGUUAACGAAGAAAUGUUGUCAGAUGAUGACAUCAUGAAAAGUUAUGAAUUUUUGUUCUAUAUUUCGUUACGUCAUAAUACUGACACAGGCGACAUCAAGACAAUGUUAAAAACUCAUUAUGAAGACCAGUUACUAGAUACUGUGUUAGAAAGUGAAUCAGAAAAUUGUUUAAUUCUUAUUGAUGGACUGGAUGAAUGGAAACCACCGAAAGAUCACAAAAUGUCGCAAACUCAGACUAUUGGACUUCCUAUACGAGAUAUUAAAAAACAUUACACUAUAAUAACUACAUCCAGACCAUGGAAAAUAGAAGUUCUUAAAAUCAAGGAAUCGGAGAUGGACAAUAGAAUAAGGUUAUGUGGAAUUGAAUAUAAAUCUGUAAUUAAAAUGGCUACAUACAUUGUAAGUCAUUUGAAUACAUAUUUUGAAAAGAAAAAAUCUGUCAACCGAUUUUUAGCUAAAUAUGUUCUAUCAAGUGACCAAAACAAAACACCUUUUUGUGAUAUAAUACGAUCUCCAGUGAUGCUGAAGCAGCUAGUUUGUCUUUGGUUUGAAAACAGAUUAUGUCACUCUUCACGGUGUCAAAUUUAUUGUAAUAUGUUAGAGUUGUCCCUAGAAUGGUCUGUACAGAGGAAAGCUGAGGAUAAGAUAUUUGAAACGUUUCGGGAAAGAUCAUUAGAUUCGGAAGAUAUAAGUCUUCCACUAACAUUUGAUGAAGACUCAAUUUGCGAAGAAUACAAACUCAUUAUUAGUACAGCAGGAAAAGUCGCAUACCAUACUCUUUUCUCCGAGCAAAAGGAAACAUCUCUCACGUUUAGUCAAGCAGUGUUAAGAAAAUAUGGAGCAUCAAAAGAUUUUAUUCAGUGCUGCCUUGAAAUGGGGAUUUUAACUGAGGAGCAGAAUAUAGCCUUUUCUCUAACGAAACGUCGAAGUAGUCAAUUUUCAUUCACUCACAAAUCUAUUCAAGAGGUAUUAGCAGCAAUUUUUAUUGUAAUGGAAUGUCAAACUCAUGAACAUGACAUUGGGAGAAAUGACACAAUGCAUACUAUUUCAGAGUGUUUUAAAACUGUGAAAUCAGUAGAGGAUAUUUUAGAACAAUAUUACGUUAUUGAGCUUAUUUGUGGACUUAACCCUACACUUGGAACUCAUGUAUCAAGGUACAUAUAUGAUAUUGUAGUUAGAGAUGAACGAUUCAUGGAAUACAGAGAGACAAUCGCUAAUUUGUAUGAAAAUAACAUUGUCUUUCAAAUUCAAGAACUUAUAUUCGGAUGUAUUAAGGAAUUUCAGUCUAGUAAGGGUGUAAAAGAUGAGUGCAUGUACCUUGCGGAUGUUUUAAUACAAAACAAAUCUGACAUUCCUCUCCUUAAGUACAUAAAAGCUCACACUAUAAUGACAAUAACUAUUGCCGGUGAAAUAUGGGGCCUUUCUCGAUCAAGUAUUCACCUUAGUGAUAAUGAUGCCGAAAUAUUGUGCUACAUUGUAAGGAAAAGUUCACCGUCUUUGCGUCGUUUCACGAAAAUAGAUCCCAUAACGGCCGAUGCUGAAGAAGAGUUGCCUAUUUACUACGAACUUGUUUCGUCAGAAUGCACACAGCUCCAAGUAUUAGAGAUUAGAUGUAUCAGAUUAUCUCACAGUUACAUGUGUCGUUUGUCUGCACUCAUAGAGAACAGUAUAAAUUUACAGGAGCUUUCUCUGAAAGAAAUUCGUUGUGACGAUGAUUCCUGUGGAAUACAUGAUAUAAAAUUAUGUGACAAUACAAUGUUGAGGAAUAUUGAUAUUGACUCCAAUGAUUUUCGACUGCAAGACCUAAAUGCCGAUAGCCUUAUUAACUGUUGUUUAAAAGGAAUGAAUAACUUUGACAACAUUGGACGCUUGUUAAGCAGAGCGCUAUGUUUAGAAUAUCUUAAUUUGUCUUCUUGUACUUUCAUUUUGGUGAAUCAGAUAUUGAUGACUAAUAUGAAGAACUUGAGAACUGUCGAGUUUUCUGAUAUUCAAGUGAACGAAACAACAUGGAAGCUGUUCGUUUGCAGUCUCAAAACAUGUCCUUCUAUUAGAAGUCUUAGAUUAACGUCAAUGCGUCUUGCAGAAAAGGUAAAAACGACGCUUCUAACUGAUCUUCAAGAAGUCUACCAGAUUGAAAGUCUGUAUUUGAAAAGCAUGAAUGUCUCCUUUCGAUUUCCGACAAAUUUAACUCAUCUUAAACUAUUAGCUUUGGACAAUAUCAUCUGUUUCCUGACAAGCAUGUAUGAUUUAGUUGAAGGUUUACACAAUCUAUGUAAAUUGGAACAUAUAUCCUUGAAGAACAUGGAUUUCCAAACAACUUAUUUGCAUUUAUCGUCUAAUUUAAUGUGUCUGAAACAUGUUUCACUUCAAAACAUCAAACUAGCUAAAAAGGCAUGGAUGGAGUUUGGAGAAUCUUUAAAUGAAUUACGAAACCUUGAAAUUCUUCAUUUUCAAAGUGUGAACAUUCCUGAUAAUUGUUUAAAGUUUACACGUAAUAUACAUCACCUAAAAAUUAUCAGUUUUGAAAAGGUGAUGUUAAGCCUGGAUAGCUGGAAAGAAAUUGCAGACACUCUUACUGCAUUAUCUCAAUCUGUAGAAGUGCGAACUGAAGAUCUGUAUAUAGAAAAUGGAUCCUUAGAAGCCGCUAUUGAAUAUAUAAAGAAACGCAACGACUUAUUUCAAGUAACCGUUAGUUUUGGAGUGGACUGCAACUAUAGAACAAUAAAAAGUUCCCUGUAAAACAAAACUCAUUAGAAGACGUUAACGUUUUUGAAUAUGUAACAAGUAAAUUAUUUCAAAACACAUUUUCUUUUGAUUUUACUGAAAUAUUUAACUUUCAAUUGUCAAUUGUUUAUAACCUAAUUGUUAGGGGGGAAAGAUCAUAUGUCAGAUCAGCAAGAUCAUUGUCUCAUUAAAACUAUAUUGUCUUGUAUACUAGUAUAUCGUCAACCGCGCUGAAUUAAUAACAUACCUUAUAAAAUGAAGAAGAAGAAGGAGAAGAAGAAGAAAAUAUUUUAUUUAACUAUAUAAUUACAUGAAUCUCAUUAUAAACACUAAAACGUUGAACUAUUUUGUUACGGAUGUUAUUGAAUAUAGAUACAUACUAAUCUUUUCAGUUUUAACAAUCUAGAGAUUAUGAAAUGAUAUAUUGUAUAGAAGUAAUAAAUUCCAGCUAUUUUAAGCUAGUAAAAAUAUAACAGAUAAUAUUUGGAGUACAAUGCUAUUGUCAAGAAUAUGAAACAAUGUAACCGAUGAACUACCAGAGUUGUCAGCUUGUUAUCUCAAAGUAUAAAUUAGAAUUGAAGCGACAAAUUGACUUCUUUUUCAU